GUUCAAUAACAAAAAGUAGAAAAAAAAUGAAUAGAAAACCAAAACCAAAAAAACAUAUAUUCCUCUUUAUCUCUUUUCCUUUUUUUACCAUUAAAUUUUUUCUACAUAUUCUUCACCACUAUUUUUUAUACAAAAUAACCAAUACCUAAUAACAAUAACAAAACCAUGUCCGUGAUCACCAACACCAACCUCCAGGCAAUCGUCGAUAACACCGAGACCAAGCGUGAGAUCGUCGACUUUAUCAAAGCCAAUGUUGGUUCUGAGGGAGAGCAGGAGCAGCUGGUCCAGUUUAUCAAUGCAUCCAAUGAUGUGACCAAGCUGUCGGCGCCACCCUCAAACGACGACAAACUUGAGCUCUACGGCUUGUACAAGCGCGGUCUGGGCGCCAAGCUCGAUAAGCCCGGUAUGUUUGAUUUCAUCGCUAAGAAGAAGUACGCCGCUUGGGAGUCCCACGGCGACCUUACCGCUACUGAGGCACAGGCAAAGUACGUUGCGCACGUCAAGAACCUCCUGGCGCUGGAUAAGCCCGAGAACUAAGCCAAAUACAUAGAGCUCUAGGUUUUUUUUUAAAAAAAAUUGAAACUUGUU